UUUAUUAUUACAUGUAUUUAAUUUUGUACAGGUGUAAACAUUCAUUCAGUAGAAAUUUGUAAAAGUUUUGACCAUGUCUGACCAUGAGGAUGAUUUUGAUGGCUUUGGUGACGAUGGAGGAGACAUGGAUGAUGUUGGAGAUGCAAAUGAGCUUGAUGCUGUUGAGGAUGAGGGGCAGGGUGUUGAGAUUUUAGAUGCAACCGAAGGUCGUCAAAUAGAGCCAACUAAGAGGAUCACUACGCCUUAUUUAACGAAGUACGAACGUGCUCGAGUUCUUGGAACGAGAGCGUUACAACUUUCAAUGAAUGCUCCGGUAAUGGUUGAACUCGAAGGGGAAACUGACCCACUUCAAAUUGCGAUGAAGGAAUUAAAAGCAAAGAAAAUUCCGAUUAUAAUAAGACGGUAUAUGCCUGAUGGCAGUUAUGAAGACUGGGCUAUUGAUGAAUUAAUUAUCGAGUAAAACAAUUUUCAUAUCUUGUGAUUUUGUUGUUCGAAAUUCAAGAGUUAAGAAGGUAGUGCAUUCAUAAAGACUAACAUAAUCUUAUUUAUAUUCUGUUGUUUCAUGAAUUAUUCAUGGAUAGAAAAAAUUUCCAGUCAAAUUAUUAUUGAAUUAUUUAGCUAGCUGGUUUCCUGUUGGAACAAAUACUAAAUUUAAAAUCGAAUUUUGUGUGCCAUAUUGCUGCUACAAGUUAUUAACUUCUAAUUUGUUCUAUAAAUUCUUUUCCUUUUCAGUGUAUUUUAAUUCACACCUAACAAUGUUAAUUUGCAUUAAAUUCAAAUAGUGUAAGGAAACUAUUGGUUUUUAUUAUUCAGAUUUAUACAUUUUUUGGAAAUAUAAAUUUUAAAAUCAACAAAACAUAUAACAUUUUUAAAUUAUUUCCAAUGUACCACUUUUUAUAAUUUACAUCCAAACAAAUAAAUUGUCCAAAUUUUCCGUUUUCGAAAUUUUAUUUCCUGCCAUUAACAUGUCCCAUUUCUAGCCCGGCAUCUGUGAUUUAUUGUUUUGAUUUUAUAGUUGUUCAAACUUGUUGUAACAUUGAUUACCAGAUGAGUGGUUCCUGGUAAACAAACUCAAUUCCUGAACCUUGUAGGUAUGUUGGUACUGCGAGAAAAAGGGAGUGUGAUGCCUCAAUCGGUUUAAAAUAGCUGGGACCGGUUCAGUUGCUUUUGCGGAUGGUUGUCAAUCGUUGAAGUCUUGUUAAAAAUUAAGAUAAAUGUGGAACAACAUUAUGGAUGUACUUUAAAAAUAAACUGAACUUGUAUUUGUGUGAUAAAGUGGCUUUAUUUGAAAUUGAAACUGUCGCAUUUUUUAGGAUUGUUUGUAACUUUUUACAUUUCCUUUCUAG